AUGGACCCACGAAUGUCGUCGCCGAGCUUCUAUGAUUUCAAGGCCCAUCACGACCGCCACUCCGAACGCGUUCAUAUCAUGACCAACUCGUCAUUCUCAUCACACGGCCCAUUACCUAUACCUUCUCGGCCCGCCAUGCACACUGCUCCGCCACCUUUACCACCACCGCCGCGCAUUCACGAUCUCGAAAAUGGCUACGAUGCCGGUUGGUUGUAUGCGAAUUCGAGCCGCUCAACGACAAGUCUUCCCCCGAUUAACCCGAAUUCGAGUCUGUUCGGUGGCCAUCGACGACCUGAUUCUGCGCCGCGGAGUGAUCGUAUGGCAGUGGAUGAGUUAGAAGGGCGACAGAGUGGAUUGCCGCUUUCGCGCAGUCCAGAAGCACAGAUUAAAAUUGAGCCGCCGCCUCCUACGGAUGAGGGUUUCCCAAAUUCCAUGUCCGUUAGCGCGACGGGUCCUAUUUUGAAAGGCGAGCAGAACUUUUCGCUGCGCAGCGUCAAAGACUCGUCAAAUGCAUACGAUCAACAUGUGCUUUCAAAGAUUGGGAAUUCACUUUCCCCACGUAACUCGAUUAGCCAAGGAUCCGAUCACCGUGGCUCUAUUUCGGCACUGACUGUUCCAUCAAUUCCGUCGCGCGCAUCUAGCAAUCUACCAUCCCCGGGACCAUCAGAGGCAGGCUCGACUUUGGACGUGAAAUGGUAUAGCAGCCCUCAAUCGGGUGGUGUGUCACCCAGGACCAAAGUUGGAUGGAGGGAGUACAUUGAAGGACGCAGCCCUAGCGUGGAAAGUAAUGCGCCUUCUUCGGCACUAGAUUACGACUACAUGCGGGAUACCGGUCGACGACGACAUCGUGGAACGACGCCUUCCAGAGAGGACAGUAUCAGUUUACCCAGCCGCUCCAAUCGUGGAAGUUACGACCAAGGUGUUUUCUCCGACAUUGAUGGCGAAUUUUCUACCGAUGAUUUGGCACCACCACGACAGUUUAUUCUCCGGGAACCCACGCCGCCAUACCCCGAGCGUUCAAGGCAGGGCAUGAAGCGACGAGCAUCUUCACCGCCACGGGAGCCGAUGGGCGAUGAUAGGCAUAUCUUGCAUUCGGCGACGAGCAAUGGUGAUCUUUCACAACGGCGGACGAGUGGACAACCUUUCACGAACACGCUUUCGGUCAACCCCAGCUAUGCUCCGAGCCACAGGACUCUUUCAGCGGCAUCAUCGCUCAGCAUUCGAACCUCCGGGUCGUACUCGUCAGCUCUUUCGAUUGGGGGUAGCAGCAUGACCAGUCUUUCGCCGUACGACCGGCCAUCUCCGGGAGGUCUCUCGCCCAGCUCCGAUUUGGAUACGUUCCACGAAAAGUCGAUUCUGAACCCGAGCUCCCCUGCUUCGCUGAUGCAGUCACUUCCGAGGCCCGUGGGCGGUUCGAGUACUCUGGAACCACCCGCUACCGAUGCCACGGGAAAAGUGUCCAUGCCAAGCAUUCUGAGUGUGCCCAAGCCCUCCGCCACCUCAAAGAUGGGCGGACUGUAUAUCUGUGAUUGUUGUCCGAAGAAACCGAAGAAGUUUGACAAUCAAGAUGAUCUCCGCUCUCACGAGAUGGAAAAGCAAUACUCCUGCCAAUACUGCAACAAUCGCUUCAAGAACAAGAACGAAGCAGAGCGCCACCAAAAUUCCCUCCAUCUCCGCCGCCACUCCUGGUCCUGCGCUGCUCUCCCAAGCUUCCAAGCCGCCUUCCACGGCUCGGCCUCUCCAUCCUGCCAAACCAAUGCCGGCCCCUCGCACGACUCAUGCGGGUACUGUGGCGAAGAAUUCCCCAAUUUCCCGCGCCCCGACUGGGAUCGCCGAUUCGAGCACCUAACGACUGUGCACAAAUUCGGCGAGUGCAAUAAUGCGAAGAAGUUCUUCCGCGCAGACCAUUUCCGCCAGCAUCUGAAGCAUAGCCAUGCAGGCAGUAGUGGCAAGUGGACUAAUAUUCUUGAGAAUGCGUGCAUGAAGGAGGAGCAGCCGCCUGAGCCAAGGGAUAAGUCCGGGAGCGUGUCUGGGCCGCAAGGCGGAUCGCUGACUUCGAACACUAUUGAUGAGGUUCUUAGUGAGCAGUGA